AUGUCCAAUCAAUCCCCACUAAACCCUCCCUUCCAGCUCCCCACCUAUUUCACUGCCCUCGCUCUAUACAACCUCUACUUCCACCCGCUCUCCAACUACCCAGGCCCUAAAUACGCCGCUGUCUUCCCCCUCUGGUAUGCGUACGCUCUCCUCCGCGGUAACUUCCACGAGGACAUGCGCCACCUCCAUGCCCAUUACGGCUCCGUCGUACGCUAUGCCCCUAACGAACUCUCCUACACCGACCCGCGUGCCUGGACGUCCAUCUACAGCGGGCGUCCCACUGGCACUGAAUUCCCCGAACUGGGAAAAGACCCCACCUUCUAUGCGGGCUUUGCUUCGGGCAACAAGAGCAUCACCACCGCAGGCUUCCACGACCACAACCGCUUCCGAAAGAAGCUGGCCCCCGCGUUUGCAGAAAAGUCAAUCCGCGAGCAAGAGCCCAUAAUCAAGGGGUAUGUGGACUUGUUCGUGCAGCAGUUGGGGCAGCGCGCGGGCGAAGUGGUGGACAUGAGCGCUUGGUUCAAUUUCUGCACCUUCGACAUCAUCGGUGACCUAGGCUUCGGUGAGCCCUUCGGUUGUCUCAAACGAGGCGCGUAUGACGACUGGGUGCGCUUAAUCUUCCUCGCUCUCAAAACGAGCAUGCUCAUACAGAUCAGCGCGCGAUUCCCAGGUUUGCAGUCCCUCCUGCUGUGGUAUCUGCUGCCGGCGGAGCUGGCGCGCAAGCGGCUGGCGCAUAUCGCCAAGACGACCGAGAAGGUGAUGCGCCGACUGGGCAGAGAGACGGAUCGCAAGGACUUCAUGCAGUAUCUGUCGACAGGGACGCCGGAGCUAUCAUUUGACGAGCUAGCGAAUAAUUCGUCCACGUUGAUUGUAGCGGGGAGUGAGACGAGUGCGACCUCGUUGGCGGCAGUGACGUUCUACUUGCUGAAGAAUCCGGAGAAGAUGCGCAAGCUGAGGAAAGAGAUUGAGACAGCCUUCAGCAUGGAGGAGGAGAUCACAAUCCAGUCCGUGGCAGGCUUGAAGUACCUGACUGCGUGUUUGGAGGAGGGAUGGAGAUUGUAUCCGCCAAUUCCCUCGGGGUUACCACGACAGGUGCCUGGGGAGGGGUUUGAAAUUGCUGGGAGAUGGGUUCCAGGCGGGGCCGCCGUAUCCGUUCAUAGCUGGGCGACGUCGAGGUCCCCCAAGAACUUUCGCAACCCGGACGAAUUCAUUCCGGAAAGAUGGUUGGGCGAUCCAGCAUACAAGGACGAUAACUUGCAGUCAGUCCAGGUGUUCCAUGUUGGACCUCGGAAUUGCAUUGGAAAGAGUCUGGCGUAUGCCGAAAUGCGUCUGAUUCUUGCUCGUCUACUGUUUCGGUUUGAUCUGCAGCUCAUGCCACAUAGCUCCAACUGGGCGGAGCAGAUGUCGUACAUGGUCUGGGAACGAGGGCCAUUGGAUGUCCGCGUGACAGAGAGGAGGACUGCUUCGGAUAUAUUGUAG